AUUCAGAAUGCUCGCGACUUCAACCGGCACUAUCACGGGGUCCUUCCACCCAACUGCGGACAGAAAUAUAUUCCAUUCGACAUAAUGCCAUCCAACUCAAGGCAGGAAAAGUGAUUGAGGUAUCCCCAAGGCCUCGGAACGAAUACUGUUGGCAAUUUUUCCGUAUUGUUCAUAUCUAUGUGGGUUGUCGAUCCUCCGACAUAGUCUUGAAAGGAAUCAGACUCACACGAACUCGCUAUCUACGCGGAAUGCUGCCACGAAUGAAGAACGAAGUAUGCGCAUUGUAUAAUAUCAACCUGGAGGACCCACGCCCUGAGCAUGCCCAGGGUCUAGUAGAGAUUCCAGUUGGUGAACUUGUCAGAACUCGUGCAGUAUUUAAAACGAACGAUGCUUUUCCAGCGCACCGCUUUAGCCCUGAUCAAUGGGAUUGGGAUAUGGAUGCAAUUGAGAACAAGGCCAACUUGGUUCAACGUUGGAAAUUCUACCGCUACUGGCCCACGUCCACCGCCAUGCUGACUAAAAGAUCUUACAGCGGCGCUCUUACUCGACUUAGAUCAACGGAUAUUGAGGACGAAUAUUUUAGGGUGGAUGAUGACCAGCUUAGAAAUACGUUUCGCGGUGGUAUCAUACGUGGAGGUUCAUCGAUUGGUGGCCAAGUUCAACUACCUAUCGUCGAUCCUAAUGCGCCUCAAGGCGAAAAUACUAAAGUGACUCUGGAGCAUAACCAGAAGUAUACUGUGGAUGAUAUGUUUUGCGGCGCUGGUGGAGCAUCACGGGGCGUUCAACAAGCUGGCUUCCAGUUAAGAUUUGCUUGCGAUUUCGAUGAAGCAGCUUGUAAUACGUACCACGAGAAUUUCCCCAGAGCACUACUUGAACAGAUGAACAUCUUCGAAUUUGCGAAGUCGGUGACAUCGAUGGUCCGAUCAGAUGUCUUACAUAUAUCACCACCGUGUCAGGUCUGGUCGCCAGCGCAUACUCGACCGGGCCAAAACGACGACGCGAACGUUGCCGCCCUCUUCGCUUGCACGGAAAUCUUAGAAAAUCGCCGGCCUCGAUUGUCCACUGGUGAACAAACAUUUGGACUCCUAUUUGAUCGAAAUGAGGAGUUCUUUAAUGCCCUCAUCGGUCAAUAUACGGCGCUUGGUUAUUCAUUUCGCUGGGACAUCCUACGAUUCAAGGAGUAUAGUGUACCUUCGACCCGGAGACGUCUGAUUUGGAUAGCGUCUUGUCCCGGGGAGCCUCUCCCGUCGUUUCCGACACCUACGCACUCUGAUACUGACAAAGAUCUGGCUGCCCCCGUCACCAUUCGAUCUGUGCUAGCCAGCAUUGCACCAGGUAGUCAGCAUUAUGAUCGUCUUCACAACGUCCAGGACAUGUUGCAUAAGGCCAGAAGCGGUGGCCGAUUCCCUAUGCCAUCGUAUGAUGAUAGAUGUCAAGCUGGAACUAUAACAACGUCAGGGUCCGAGUGGGCUCAUCCAUCUGGCCGGAGAGACUUCACCUUGAGGGAACUUGCCCGCAUACAAGGAUUUCCUCAAGAGCAUAAGUUUGUGGGGGGGACAACGCAGAUCCGCCGCCAGAUUGGAAAUGCAUUUCCACCAGUUGUUGUCGAAACAUUGUACCGCCACCUCCGAAACUGCCUACUCCGUGAGGAUAAUGUUGUCACAUCCGAGCGCGCGAGGCAACAGGAUAUCAUUACUCUAGAUUCUGAUGAUGAUAUAGGUGUAUCAUCGGUCUCCAAGUCUAGAGAAUUCAUGAUAAUUGACGAUAGCGACGAUGAAAGACCUCGCGGUCGACGAGGUUCUGUUAGACGCAGAGUCAGAGAUGUGUCGAGCGACGAAUGCUCAGAUACGACCCUGGCAGACCUCAUCGAUGAACCUGCAAUUUCCUCACUUUUUUCUCGAGAAAGUUCGCGUACUUUGUCGGUCGAAAGUCUUCCAUCCCUCAUUGAAAUGGAGGUUGAUAAUGAGCACAAUGGUAAAAGAAUGAACAUGUGAAGAGACUCUCAUCUCGCCUGUCUCUACCUAAUGGAAAAUAUGAAGGAGUAAUUAGAUGGGUCAAUAUCCUGGUCAUAAGAAUAACCCUUCUUGUUAGAAGCGGUAUACACUGGAAGCUAAUGUUGGACGAAGAGCAUUAUGAAAAAGAGAUUUGGGGAAGAAACCUUACCUGUGUUGGUCAUUCUAGUAUAAGGCUUGCUCUAAUGAGCAAUAUCAUGUAUACAUCUUGUCUAAACCAGGUAUAAAAAUAAGAAUCGUACCUUUUAACUUGCUAUAUCCUGAGAUCUUAAUGCUAGAUGAGCAGAAUACUGCCACCUACUUAAUGGGCAUAGUGAAUUCUAUGUUCUUAGGGAUUGAGAUUGUAUAUAGUAAUGCACUUGGGAGAAAGAGAGGGAGAAAAAAAAAA